CCGUAUUCAUCCCGAAAAGGCGGUGUUCAUUGGAUCUGGCUGGUGGAUAACUUCGCAUCACCAAUGGCAAGACAACGCGGUGAGCGCAGGAACCACUGUCGAACCGUCCCAAGGCUUUUAGCAUGUAACCAUGAAGCAAAGCAAAAGCGGGCACUCGAGUGACGGAUGGAUCAUGUUGGAAGCGGUCUGCUGCAGGACGCUGGGGCUUGCCUAUGCUGCAAGUGCGCAUCAUUUACGGCAUCAAAUCAGCUGGUUGGCUUCUUGUUGAGAAGCGGAGCAGGCAUUGGCUGUAUUGGAUUGCGUUCCCCCCCCUCACACAUGCCAUCAAACCCCGGCCACUCUAUUAUUUCACACCACGGCCGUCAGCCAGUGAGACAAGACCUAAGGCCCUACUCCGUCAUAUGCUUUUCCUUCCCGCUGCACACACAGAGUAACACACCUACCACACAUAUUUUCCCACAACCUGCGUCACAUUACGCGCAUAUUCGCAUCCCGAUCAUACCUACUGCUGAGGCUUCGUGCGCCGAAAGUGAGAAAACAAACAGACGAGGGAAGACACCAAACAGAGAAUACCUGGGAAAGCAUAGACGAUGAGACUCAGAUCGCGCAAAUAUAGACCAACCUCUCCUGACUGAUAUACUAUCUGCUACUCAUUUUGAAAUCAAAUAAAAACCCGGCACGCGGUGGCAGAGUGAGACCCGGGAAUCAAAUAAUCAUGUCCGACUUGGGCCGCCAGUGGGCCCUUCUCCUAGUCCUGACCGCCCUCCUUCUCUCCGUCUUGGUGCUCGGACAAAUCGUCACUCGCUACACGUCCGCGUACCGCUCCGCGCCCACGGAGGUCUCGGCCUUUCUAGACGCCCUCGACUCGUCCGUGGAGGAGAACGAAUCCUACGACCGCGACCUAAGCCGCGUCCCCCGCCUCGAGGACAAGAUUCGUCUGGGUCGCCUGCUGCGCGAUAUACAAAAGGCCGGCGAUGACCUGCGCGAGGAUCUGAAUGGGCUCCUGCUCGUCGCAGACCAUGGCGGCCUCGUCCCAGCCGUUGAUGAAGUGGCACCCGCCGCCGCCGACUCCAAACCCGGCGCUGCCAGCAAUGAUGUCGUCUCAUCCAUCCCGCGCCUGCGCCUCUCAGCCCGCCUCCUCUGGUCUGCGCGGCGCGCCGAGCUGUCGGAGCGAGUGCGCCGCCUGGACAUGCUCAGGAUGAGGUUUCUGGUCAUGUACAUGAGCAUUGUCGCCUCCACAACCAGCGCCGCCGCUGAGCUGGCGCAAAAGACUGCCAUGACGUCGACGAUGCAGCGCGAUCCUGAAAAGCCCUCGGGUCUCGGCAUAAUCAGCCCCGAUCAGACGCCGCCUCAGGGCCGCGCGCAACUUGCCUCCCCGUUGACCGAGACACCCAGCCCUAUCCAAGAACCGCCCCCGAACUUUCCCGCACUCGGGGCGUCGAUUCGUGAAGCCAUCAAGCGCAGGCCUCCGCUGCGUCGCAUUACCACACAAGCCAUGGGCCACCACACAGGGACCGAUGACGACGACGGCCCUGGAGGCAACGGCGGCGCUCAUCGCCGGGGCUGGGCUGGCGUAGUUCAGGAGCUGCAGCGAUCCCCUUUGAUGCACAAGCGUCAUAUGAGCAUUGAGAACGCGAUGGCCAGGAGCAUGUCACCCUGAGGCCUUGGACUUUUCUACCCCGAUUCCGCAUCACAAACAGCCGACCCCUGAUUCCAUCCACUCAUCCAUCUUACUUCGGAACCCAACCACAAUUUUACGAAAACAUAGGCAUCACCUGGCGUCCGGCGUUCUUCCCAUUACUACUCCCCCUUUGGACUUAACAUGGCAUCCUUACUCCGCGAUACUGUGACACGAGUGAUGCGCUCAACUCUCAAAAUCCAGCAGGCGCAUUUUUGCCCCUUGACGCAAGACUUUACACUACGGCCACGUCCACGUUCAACUUGUGAUGUGUUACGCAUGCAAUGACCACAAAACGACCCAAAACCAAAUCAUCACACGAUGUGACGCAAACGAUACAACGACAAAAAAUCGAUUAUCGCAACCAAAUGGAACCUUUUCUUUUUUUCUUCUCUUUACACUUUGACAUUCAACAUCCUACUCCUCCCCACCCUACACCAUUUAACUAACAUGCGUCUCUUCACGGAUACCCCCUUUGUUGCCCUUUGCUUCUUUUUCUCCUUUUUUUCUUCUUUACUUUCCAAGGGCGCUCGACAAUGAGCAUGUAAACACUUGCUCUCUAGCUUGUGUUUUUUUUUAUUAACCCUUGUUUAUUUCUUCACCGUUGUGCUUUGCCGAUAUAAUCUUUUACUUCAGCUACAGUUUGACUGCACUUGUUCAUUAGACCAAGUAAGAGAGGUCCGACAUCAGUAAGCGAAUAUCUUUUUGUAAAUACUCCCCCUUUCCUAUCAGCCAUAGCAUGACCGAAAUUCAUGGAUGUUGAAAUUCAUUCAAACAAAUUCCAUUCAGAGGAGCCC